UGGGGGUCGCCCCCCCUGGUGAUAUGUUCUCUUGAGGUCAUUCCUUCACUUUCUCCACAUGAUGCUGGUUUUUCAUCUAAUAUCAAGACUCAAAAUCCAACUGCUCCAAACCCACCUUUUAUGUUAGACUUUUCAUAGCAUCUGUUGCAUUGACUUUCUUGAAUAAGAUCAAGAAACCUGGCCUAUAAAGCAAUCAAACUGUGCUUCACCAGGCAAUAGUCUCAUCAUCUUCUAUACAUUUGCUCCAUGACUUCUGAGCUCUGCUUAAUACUUUUGCUACUCUUACCAUUCCCUUCUCACUCUGCAGAUCCUGAUCCGUUGCAGGAUUUCUGUAUAGCUGAUUUGAAAGGCACGAUAUCAGCAAACGGCUUUCCCUGCAAACUGGCCUCAAAUGUAACCUCAGACGAUUUCUUUUUUGACGGGCUCAGCCAAGAAGGGAGCACAAACAAUUCUUUUGGAAGCAGUGUGACUCAGGGCAACGUUCUUGCAUUUCCAGGCCUUAACACUCUUGGGAUCUCCAUGAACCGAGUUGACAUCGCUCCUGGAGGACUUAAUCCUCCUCAUUCACAUCCUCGGGCCACAGAAUCUGGCAUAGUUGUUCAGGGAAAGCUGCUCGUGGGGCUGAUAACAACCGGGAACGUGUUUUACUCAAAGAAUUUAACGGCAGGACAGAUGUUUGUGAUUCCAAGGGGGCUAGUGCACUUCCAGCUGAAUGUUGGACAGGAGAAAGCACUGAUUUUCACAGCUUUUAACAGUCAUUUGCCUGGGGCCGUUGUGCUUCCCCUGAAUCUUUUUGCUUCGACGGCUUCUGUCCCUGACAAUGUUCUGACAAAAGCUUUCCAGGUCGAGCAAACUGUGAUUGAUGAAAUCAAGUCCAAGUUUGGUGGUUAAACUGUUCUCUACUUUCCUUUUUGAGUUAAGAUUCAGAAUAAAAAGGACAAGAAACAGUUCACAGCAGCUGUGUUUAUCUAUUCUUCUCGUGUAUUCCUUCAGUAAACCAAUUAGUGUCACAAAAAUAAGCACCUGUAUCUUCCAGAGAAAUUGAUUUUUCGUUUUAAGUCAA